UACAACUCUCAACACCCGAAAAUGUCAUUCCACGAAAAGGGGGCACCUUUCAACGAGGAACCUGUACGGAGUUCCAUUUUCGCGGGGCGCUUUUCCUGGCGGCAAGGCCUGGCAUCUGGCCCCUGCACUUUCGCUUUGGCUCUUGCUGCUAGAUUGUUGAGAGGCGUGAGUUAGGGCUAGGCUUGCCUAAAAGUGGAAAGUGGAACCGAAAGUGUAAAGUAAAGUAUUUUGGAAUACCAAUCCAUGCCUGCAUUUGUACCAUAAAGGCUACCUGUGCAUCGGUCAAGGUCUCUAUAUGCAGAGAUGGGAGAGAAAAGCAUUAACCUGAAAAUAAUUCAGGUUACUAAUCCGUGGGAUUUCCUGGCGGUGAAAACAAGAGGUGGCAUGACCUCAUCUCAGUAUGGAGAUGGGUUCGAACAAAUGAUGAAAGAGUUGCACCAGUAUUUUGACCUGACAGCUGGACAGGGCUGUAAUCCACAUAAACCUGUACAGGGUGAGAUUUGUGCAGCCCAGAGGAGAGAAAGCAACAAAUGGCAAAGGGUUAGAAUAGAGGAGAUAAUGAAAACAGCACGAGGUCAACAAGCAAGAUGCUUUGCCAUUGAUGAUGGAGAGGAGUUCAUGACUAUACUUUUGAGGGUGCAAUGGUUGCCGUCCAAAUUCAAAGAGUUCCCAGCUCAGGUCCGGCGGUGUUCUCUGUGGGGUGUCCAGCCUUUGUCUAUGAUUGUCUCAGAAGCUGACUCUGGUCUGGUGGCCAGGAACAGGCCAUGUCUAAAAUGGGAUCCCUCCGCAGUACUUAUGAUGAGAAAAUGGGCCAAUGAAAACCCUGAGUGCCAGGCUGGAAUUAUGGAUGAAGACUCUGAGAAUAUUUUGUAUCUUCGUUUAUACUUUCAAACCGGCUCUGGUCUUGUUUGCUUCAAUGAAAAGUUGAUGGAAGAGGAGUACGCAGUCAGCAUUGAGCCAACAUAUGAAUCAGGCAAACAUGAUUCAAAACUGGCGCGUGAGUCGACAGAUCAGAUACAGUCUGAAAGGUCAACACCCCAGCGUCAGGAUCUGCCUCUUUCUUCUUCUGUUUCUGCUUUGAGUUCUAAGACAGUGGAACCUCCAGAUCCAUCAGAUGACAUGCCACCUCUCUUGCCGGUCGUGAACAGUAGUGAAACCAGCAGCCAGUCACACACGAUACAGAGUGAGGUUUGCAGCCUAGCAAUGGAGGAAAAUGUCAAAUCCUUCUUCAGUCAAGCUGAGGAAGUCAUGAAGCAUUCUUCACCUGAGAAGUACAAUGAACAAACACAGGACAUACAUUCUUUGGAGAGAAGCCAAUAUUCAAGUGAUCUGGAGAAAGAGAUGAUGUCUCCACCUUGUGGUCGAAGAUUGACGGAGUCUGACAAUGUCUCACCUUCUGGGAGAUUAGAUCUACCUGGUUCAGGCGUGACAUCACCCACAGAUGUGAAACAGCCCAGCAGGGAGAAGGAGAGACCCCUGAUUCUAGGACGUGGUCGAGGUGCUCUACUGCAGCUACUUGCUGAAACGCAAAAACAGAAAUCCCCAGGAUCAGACUUUGAAUCUUUGAAAAGUCCAGUGAAAAUCUCGACAGACAGUUCUAAACAAACUCUUCUGGAUCAAGGUGACCUUAUCGGUACCUCUGACCAGGUUCCAGUUCCGUCACCAGUGCGUCCUCAUUCUCCUGUGAAACCUAUCUCUUCCGAACACAAGUCUGGGCGUGGCGCUGCUACUGUUGAUAUCAACUGCAAUGCAAAGUUGCCUGUGGCUGCCUCACCCACAUACAGUCCUCACAGCUCGUCUCCGGAGAGAGGAACAGCUGCAGUUUUUUCUUCUUCUCCUGUGAAAAAUUCUUCACCUCUCUCCCUGAGGAUAGGGGCCAGACCAAAAGUCUCAUCACAUCAGACGACCGCCAGCAUGGAGUCAGAUAGUCGCAGAAGCUCUGUCCAGGUUUCCAGUGAUAUGUAUGAGUCGCACGAUCCAGCAGCUGUGUCUCACCACCAGAGUUCUGAGGGAGAGGACCCACACAGGCAAACCAGUUCAACAAGCCUAGACAAGAGUGAAAGACGAAGGUUAAAAUACGGUGAUUCGUCAGAUGAGGGAUCUCCGUCUUCUGACUCAAUAUCACACCUUGAUCCAGGGGUCCGUCUACGAUACAGAAAUUCCAUAGACCCCCUUGUCGAGACUCUAGAGACAAAGGAGAAAAGUGCUGAGAUCAAGCUAAGCAAGGACAAAUAUGUUGGCCAAAUUGAGGGGCAAAGAUUGCUUGAAAUGCUUAGAAUUAAAAGUGGGCAACACAUCCGUGACAACACUCUGCCUAUGACUGCUCCUCCAGACAAGCCCAUUCCUCUUCCUUUCCUCGGCGUGAUGGCCCACGGUAAAAAUCUGCCCACAAUACACCUGAACGUUGCCGAUGUGCCUUUCAAGUCAAGUGUUAUAAAACUGAUGCUGGACAAAGACUGCGAACAUAGCCAGGGCAUACAAGGCUACGUGUGGCCUGCCAUCCUGGCGUGUCGCCAUAUCGUGGGCAUCAGCACACCGAAGCAAGGCAAGACCAUGGCCUACGUGCCAGCCCUCGUAUCACACCUACUGGACCAGAUGAAUUACAUAGAGCUGCAGAAAGGCAAAGGGCCUCAGGCUUUGAUAGUGGUUCCAUCAUGGAAAAAAGCAAGAGAAGUCUACGAACUCAUCGAGCAGUUCACCGGGGCAAGUCUACGGCGGAUGAGACAGCUGAAGAGCAUUGUACUGUAUGCUGGAGGAACAGAGGACAAUGAAUCCACGACCACAGAACUGUUCCGAGGGUGUGAAAUUUUGAUUGCAACUCCCAACAGUUUGCUCCGAGCACUGGCAGAUGAGAAGACGAGCUUGAAAAGAGUGUGCCAUAUUGUUCUGGAUGAUGCUGAAAUUUUAGCAACUCGUUUUUCAGAUGAGAUUAGUGACCUGAUGCAGCAGUACAAAAUUGUUCUGAAUAGCCGCAAGCACCAAACUGUUCCAAAGCAAAUCAUGAUCUUUGGAAGUCGCUGGAGUAGUGCUGUUGAUGAAUUCCGUGCCAAGUUCACGAAAGAACCGGUGAUUGUGUUCUCUUCCCGGGUGGAGGCGGCCGUCUACGGGGGAGUGAAGCAGGUUGUGAAGAUGAGCAAGUCUGACAAGAAACUGACGACGUUCUGUGGACUGCUAGACAGCUUGGCAAGCACUUCGGCUGGGGAAAAAGUGAUUGCCUUCUCAGAACAUGUCACAGAGGCUGUAGACAUGUUCAAGGCUGCAAAGUCUCGUGGCAUCUAUAGCCUUAUUAUCCAUGAGCGUCUAGAGUCUGAGGAGAUGAUUGAAGAGGCUAGGGUGUUGUGGCUUGAGGCAUCCCGUUCAAAGCAGCUGCUCCUCAUGGUGUGCACGGACAGAUGUUGUCAGGAUCUGGCCGUCACCAACGCCACGGCGGUCAUCCACUACGGGCUACCCUCUUCCAAGACCAAAUUUGGAAACAGACUGACCUGCAUGCUGGACUUCUUCGACGAUAAAACUGCUCCACCUCAGCUGAACCACAACAGCCGCCCACGGCCCGAGCCUGUGUCGCACGUGAUCAUCACAGAGGACCGGGCCGAUCGAGCACAGAGUCUGUUUGAGGUUUUACAGAGGUGCAAAGCAGAGAUGCCACCUCAGCUGCAAAACUUCCUUCAAGGUUUUCAGAUGGGUUUGGAGAAAGAUGAGAGGAAACCUCUGUGCCCUUUCCUAAAAGCAUUCGGAAACUGCAUCAAUUGUGACAGAUGUGAGUAUCGCCAUAUUCUGAUGCCAGAGCAAGAUCUAAAGACAGGCGAAGUCACGAGCAACUCGCUCCCAGCUCAAGGAGAGGUUAAGGUGCAAAUCAUCCAGGUAGUGAACGCCACAUGCUACCACUGCCACCUAGUGGAGCAUGUGUCACAGACGGACAACGUAAAGACGGACUUGCGGGCUCAGUAUCAGCAGCUGGUGCUGCACAUGACACUCUUCUACUGCAAGGAGAGUAACCACGUGCCUUUUGUACCCAGUCAAGACUGCUAUUCAGAUGGGCUGUGUGCUUUCAAAGACAAAGGUGACGUAUUUUACAGAGCCAAAGUUGUGGAGACGUGGGAGGGCUCGGCCUCUUCCCCGAUGCGUCACUGCCGGGUGUGGCUUGUCGAUGCGGCCGUCCACGCAGAGGGCACCGUGGAUCAGCUGGUGCAGUUACCCAAGGAGUUGGCUGAAAUUCCUUACCAGGCUGUUGAGGUGUAUGUAUGUAGAAUAAAACCCAUGGACAGAGAUAGCGAAUGGACAGACAAGGCUGAUCUUUUUGCUCAUGAACUCGUCGAGGGAAAGGAGCUCACUGGGCGCGUUGUUCUCAGGCUUGGUGUGACGAUGUGGCUGGAUCCUCUGGUCCAUCAAGUUUUCCUGAAAAAUGUUGGCAAGGCGAAUAACCUCGUAAUCCGCCAGGAGCUUUUGGCUAACAAACUGGCCACUCCCAAUCCAGAUCACAUUCAACAGCUCUAUAAACUAUGCAGAGGAAAGACAGAAAUACCAGAACAAAUCAUGAGAAAGUACUUUGACUAUUGCUUGGAAAUCGAGUUGAUGCAGGAAACUCUGACCAGCAACCAAGAGUUCCACGCUGUGAACAUCGGAAGCAUAAUCAGCCCUGAGCUUUUCUACAUUCAAAAGUGGGACACCAUCGAAGAACUGGAAUCACUGGAGAAUGCAAUAGCGGAGCAGAUGGAAUCAGACGGGUCGACAGAUGAAGAAGAAACGUCAAAAGUUGAUGCUGAAAUGAAGAUGGAACAAGGCAGUGUGUGUUUGGCUCAAUCCACGGAUGACAAAAUGAAGAAGAAUCCAUCAGCCAAGCCCAAGAACUGUAUGACCUUUUGUCACAGAGAAAUGAUGGGUGGGACUCAGCCCUGGAGCAGAGAGGGGUUUUGCUGGAUGCCGUGAAGGUUGUGGGAUAUUUAGGCUGUGUUCGAACUCAUGGUCUUCUGUUGCAAGCCCUCACCUCAUGCUGCGGAGACAGUGCAAGGGUGUCUGAAAUCUGCAUCUCUGAAAACUUGAUCCGCCAUCUUGUCUAUUGUCUUGAGCAGGUUAGCAGGCCGCAGGUUCAACUGCAAGCUGUGCAAUGUGUCACGAAAUUACUUAACCAAAAGAGCUUUGUUGAAGCUUGCAGCUCAAGUCAGUUGGAAAAUACUCUGUCGGAACUUCUCAAGAGACACCAAAAAUUGACCCUCGAAGAAGAGAUGGUAAAAUAUGUUUGCAAGGCAUCAGCGCAGCUUGUCCAGUGUUCUGACAGUGGGGUCUGCCAGGAGCUAAAGACUUUGGAAGUGGUAGAUCUGAUCUGGUCGUCGGUGCCGAUGUGUACGAGUGAUGACGAGAGGGAACCCUGGCUAGAACUCUUGGGUGCCCUGGCACAGUGCAAGAGCGUCCAUCCGUUCAUUCUGCGGGAAGGUUUCCUUGGUGUACUGCUUGGUCUCUUGAGCAACCUAAUGUCUCCAAAGUGCCUGUACCACAUGCUGUCCACCCUGCAGUGUCUGGUCUACGACAACAGGAAGAACAAGCGAGUCCUACUGGAACACAAGCUGCUUAUCAUCCUGAACGAUAUGUUGGACCGCGGUCUGAAGAGCCCGACCUUGGAGCAGUGCCAGGAGCUACAGGCGGCCAUGACCUUACAGCUGCCGCAACAGGAGGUCCUGGCAGGGGUACCCGCACACAGAUCUGACGCUGUGGACAAAGCGGUCUCACCUCACGUGACGUGGAUAGAGAAUUGCUUCAGGGUGGUGCUUACAGUGAGCAUAAGGAAUGCUUCCAUAAACGAUUUUCAUAUCUACCCAAACAGAAUCUUUGUCAGUGCCUGGUCGGAGGGAAUCUUGUACGAACUGGACUGGGAACUUUUUAGUAACAUCUUGCCGAACAAGAGCACAGUCAAGCCAUGCCCUGGCCAAACAAAUCUUUUCCUACGCAAAGAAAUAAAGGGAAAGUGGGGACGCUUGCUUAAGCAGAAGAUAAAGCCUCCGUGCCUCAGUCUUGAUUUUGAGAAGGUCUACGACAGCGAUGAAGAGGAAGUUGAUGAUGAUGAUGCGGUACAUCUUGCAAAAGAGAAAGGUUCCUUUGCUGGCGUCCCACGGGUGCGCAUCCCAAAGCCACACCUGUGUGACAGUGAUGAAGAGAGCAGCGAUGCGCUAGUCAUUUACAGCAACAGUGAUGACGAAGAGCCAGUGAUUGACAUGGAGUCUUUCUUGCGAGAUAACAACUACCUGCAGGGCCAAUGACCUCACCGCUUAGAGGUGCUGUGUGUGUGAUUAUGAGUGUGGUUUUUUUCGAGAGAGAGAGAGAGAGGGAAGGAGAGGGAGGGAGGAAGACAGAGAGAGAGAGUUUAUACCUUGUUUACAUUUGAUGAAUAAAAAUGUAAUACUGAAGGAGUGUUAUCAAAUAUCUGAUGAACAUGAUUUUACUUAUACAUGUAAUUAGGCCAUACAUGAAUUUUACUUGUAUUUCAAGUGCUAUGCUUAAUUUUACAUGCUUUAUCCAUUCGAGGGCUGAGUGGAAUUAUAAUGGAAAUGAGGCAGCUGGUUUCCAAUAUUGGGCUUUUUUUGUUUAUCUGAAUCUGUACCAUUUGUCUUUUUUUUUCUCUUUACAAGUUUCAAUCGAAAUCUAGGAGAACAUUUCUAUUACUUUUUUCUUCACAAACUUUGAGAAUGAAAUGUUUCCUUUAAACACUGAUAGGUAUCACACCAAACUUGAAAAGCUACUUUUAAUCAUCUUAUAAAGAUCUGAACGCACAAAAACCUUCACGGCAUACAAUAAUGUGAUUUAUUAAUACAAACAGUGGAAUAGUGCGUUACUAGAUUAAAAGUACAAUGAAUGCUGUUGUGUUAUAUGAUGCUGGGGCAAUCAACCUUUAUGAUCAAUUGGCUAAAUAAGCACAUGGUAAAUGCUGUUUUUCAGAAUCCUCUGAGUCAAUCGAUGAAUCUUUUUUUUUUUUGUACAUGUUUUACGACUUUCGCAAUGACAAGGUCACCUGAGCGCACGGUACGUGUUAAACAUUUUCAGUUAGUGGGAAAUUUUGAAUUUUACCCUGGUUGCGGCCGAAGCCUACUCUUAUGGAUU